AUGAAUAGGAUAUUCCACGACCUCAUAGGGAAGACAGUUGAAGUCUACGUGGAUGACAUCCUCGCAAAAACAACACGACCUGACGACCUUUUGAACGACCUGGCGAGUGUAUUCGCGUCCCUCAGGCAACACGGUAUGAGGCUGAAUCCCCUCAAGUGUGCUUUCGCUGUGGAAGCUGGAAAGUUCCUCGGAUUCAUGAUAACCCAAAGAGGGGUAGAAGCCAACCCGGAGAAGUGCCAGGCGAUACUCCAAAUGAAGAGCCCAGGUAGUAUCAAGGACGUCCAGAGGUUGGCCGGUCGGCUGGCCUCACUAUCACGAUUUCUCGGAGCGUCGGCAACAAAAGCCCUACCUUUCUUCAAUCUCAUGAAGAGAGGAAUGGCGUUCGAAUGGACACCCGCAUGCGAGGAAGCCUUCCGGCAUUUCAAAGAGAUCCUGGCGGCACCACCUGUCCUCGGGAAGCCAAAAGAAGGGGAGCCGUUAUACCUGUAUAUCGCCAUAACAGGAGAAGCCUUGGCCUCAGUUUUGGUACGAGAAGAAGGACGGACACAACAACCCGUCUAUUUUGUUAGCAGGGCCUUACAAGGGGCAGAGCUAAGAUAUAACAAACUGGAAAAGUUAGCUCUGGCACUCCUGACCUCUUCGAGAAGGUUGAAGCAAUACUUCCAAAGUCACCAGAUCGUCGUAAGAACGGACCAGGGGAUCCGGCAAGUGCUCCAAAAACCCGAUUUGGCGGGGAGAAUGAUGACUUGGUCGAUUGAACUCUCUCAAUACGACAUACGAUACGAACCCCGGCAAGCCAUCAAAGCGCAGGCGAUGGCGGACUUUCUGGUAGAAGUAGCGGGGGAUCUGGUCGAAGAUACGAACACACGGUGGAAGCUCCAUGUAGACGGAGCCUCCAACCAGACGUUCGGGGGUGCCGGGAUCAUCCUGGAAAGCCCGGCCGGAGUCGUAUACGAACAGUCAAUCAAGUUCGAUUUUCCCGUUUCAAACAAUCAAGCAGAGUACGAAGCCCUUAUAGGAGGCUUAACCUUAGCAGCGGAGGUCGGGGCAACAAGGUUGGAGAUAUGCAGCGAUUCGCAAAUCGUCACCUCCCAAGUAAACGGAAGUUAUCAAGCUAGGGACUCACUGCUACAGAAGUACUUGGAAAGAGUCAAAGACUUGAGCCGAAAGUUUGAAGAAGUCACGAUCCAGCACGUCCCGAGAGAGAGGAACACACGGGCAGAUCUCUUGUCAAAGUUGGCUAGCACCAAACCGGGAGAGGGUAACCGGUCUCUAAUCCAAGGGAAGUUGAAGGAGCCGGCAGUCACUUUACACCUCUCGAACCUAAGCCCCUCCUGGUUGGAUCCCAUUAUCGACCUCUUAGAAAACAGCAAGCUCCCCGACAACGAAAAAGAUGCCAAAAAGUUAAGAAGGGAAGCCGCUAGAUACGCCAUCAUCCAGGGUCAGCUUUUCAGGAAGGGAUUCAAUCAUCCCCUACUGAAGUGUUUACAUCCCGACCAGACGGAUUACGUCCUCAGGGAGGUCCAUGAAGGAUGCUGCGGCCACCAUAUAGGAGGCAAAGCCCUAGCGAGGAAGCUAAUCCGAGCCGGAUAUUACUGGCCAUCGAUGAUGGCUGACUCCAAGGAAUUCGUUAAGAAGUGUGUCAAGUGCCAAGAAAACGCCAACUUUCAUCACGCGCCGGCCUCUGAGCUCAGCUUGCUAACGGCCUCUCGACCAUUCUCGCAGUGGGGAGUCGAUCUCUUAGGACCUUUUCCCGUUGGCCCGGGACAAGUCAAGUACCUCAUAGUCGCUAUCGACUACUACACAAAAUGGAUAGAGGCCGAACCACUGGCCAGCAUAUCCUCGUCCAAUUGCAGGAAAUUCAUGUGGAGACAAGUCAUAACACGAUUCGAGAUUCUCCUCGAUAGAGCACCCACAAACAAACGGGCAGGUCGAGUCCGCAAACAAGAUCAUCCUGCAAGGGCUCAAGAAGAGGCUGGAUGGCAAGAAAGGCGCUUGGGCCGACGAGCUAGCCUCGGUCCUCUGGUCCUACCAAACAACCGAGCAAUCCUCCACUAG